AUGGUGGAGAAGGCCAAGGAGGCCAUGGAGCCUGCCAAGGCAGUCAUCAUGGGGCUGUGCCAGGACAUGUUCUCCAAAAUGGCCACACACCUGACAAGCGAGCUGACAGCCCCCAGUGAAGACUCUAAACCUCUGGAAAAUAUGAACAAACUGACUAGCUUGAAGUAUCUAGAAAUGAAAGGCAUUGCAGUAAACUUAGGUAGAAACCUAAAGGACUCAAACCAGAAAUCUGCAGCACCUCAGCCUCAUCUGGAUCAGAUCACUUUAACUGAGGAGGAAGUAGCUGCUCUUGAGCAGGCAGCUUACAAGUUGGAUGCAUAUUCAAAGAACCUGGAAGCAAAGUACAAGAAGUUGGAGAGGCGAUGA